GGAAAACCGGAAAACGGAAGCUUUUCCAUGGAGACAAGGGACGCUCGAUGGUCGCUAUGCACAAAGUAGGCAGUAUACGGCCUGAAGUUGCCAACAUUGUGAGCCGUUUUAUGUUGCCUAUUUGGUGUGGAAUUGUAGAAGGUUAUGAAGGGCCUCGAAAUUAAUCUAUGAGGCACUUUUUAUGCACCGUAUGUAACGUCAGUUAGCUAGCACACAUGGUUUUAGCCUCUAGCUAGCUAACUUAACACUAACGUUACUGCUUCCAACGCAGGAUGAAACUGGGUCAGCUACUGUUAAAAUAGCGUGUAAACAUGUAGCAUUAUAUAUAUCAAAGUGUAUAAAGUAAUAGCUAGUUAGCCAGAUAGCAUUAGCAUUAGCCUCAGUUUAAAGAUGUGGAAACGGGGCGGUCGAAGCUCCGCUCUGGACCGAGCUCAGGCACUGCUGUCCGCCAAGAGGAACAGCGGAGGAGACGCUGAGUCCGUGCGGGGGUCUACAGCCAAAACACGGGCUCACACAGGUGCUGUGGGUGGGUCUGUGGAAACUAGAUCUGCUCCCCCGAAUGCACACACUUCCUUCUCAGAUCUGAGUGACCUGUCCUCGGUCAGCUCAGCUCCGGAGCACGGAGCUCACACUAUGGGCUCUGUUGCUGCUGGGAAGCCCCAGGGAAGAGACGGGGAUCUCAGACCUCAGAGCUCUCUGGGUGGAGGAGGGAUUAGGUUCUUGAAGAAGGCUCCACCACCUGCAAACAACAGCAGCCAGUCACCUGUCAGCAAGAGCCAAAUGCAGCAGGCCCCUGAACCCAGAUAUGUGUCAUCUUCCCAGCGAGGCUCCCAGACUGCUGCUUUGAGUAGACUGGCUCAAAUUGAGAGCCGCAUCCACAGCCGCAAGCAGACCAGACAGGGGCCAAUACCUGCUGAGAAUCUAACAUCAGACUUGGGAAUCUCACCACCAGCAGCUGCCCAGUCCCUGGAGGCCUCUGUGCAACUCUCAGCACAGUCCAGCAGUGACCAAAACCUGAAGGGGAAACGUUUCCUCAAGAACAACAUACCUGUAGCUGUUAACAAUAGUAAUACUGCUGCUGUUAGGUCUCCAAAAGGCCCAGAUGUUGCCGUCAGGUCCAGGUCCAGAGCUGCUGAUGCUAUUGUCCCUUCAGCGGGUUUGGAGACAAAGUCAGUGAGAGUAGUGAGUGGUGUGAGUCUGGAAAGUGAUGAAGAGGACAUGAGGAAACUGCUCGGAGACUCGUUGGAUUCAGUAGACAACAGCUUCUUAAUACCAGGGAGACCCUCUUCCAAAAGAACAGCGGACAAGAUGUUGAGCCAAAGCAGUCAGAAGGUCCACUCCACACCUCCUCCCGCUGCUGUCCCUCCUUCAUCAUCCUCCAACACAGUGCCACCUCACUCCCCUGCCUCUCCUUCUCGCCGCAGUUCUCCUUUUCGAUUCACCGGGCAGGCUCAGGCCCACUUCAGCCCCUCUGUGCUCUCCCCAUCCCCCUCUCCUCCCUGUGUCUCCCCUUCUCCUCCGGGGAGACUGAACUCCCGUCACAGGGCUGGGAGUCCACAGCGCUCCCUCUCCUCCAUGUCAGGCCGCAGUGAGGUGCUCUCUCUGGCGGAGCUCUUCCCUGUUGGGCUUGGCUCUCCAGAUCCCCACAGUGAGAUGAGUGCAGUUUCUUCUGAAGAUGGACAACAAGACUUCAAGAUAAAUGUGAUGACGUUAGACGACCUCGUUCCUGCUACCCUUGAUUUUACUGAGGAAACAUCAGGAAAGGAGAGAGAAGCCAAACACAGCGCCCCUGUUCCUGGACCCGCGAACAGACAUCAACAGUUGCCAGGAUUGAAGGAGAAGGAAGAGGAACAGCAGCAGCAGCAGCAGGAGGAUGUGCUGGACUACCAAAGUGACUUUGAGAGUGAGAGCAGGACAGAGCCAGAUUACAGUGCCAGCCAGGUUUCAGAGCAUGUGCAAGGAGAUGGAGAUGAAGAGGAGGUGGUAUCAGACGUCAGAGAAGAGGCUUCGGAUUCAGAAAUGUCCCGUGGGAGGACAGAAGAUGAUUACUCAAGCACUUUCUCAGACUCAAGUCGCUCCUACACCUCACGGACCUCAGAUCGCAGUCAAACACUCAGCAGAAGCAGAGACUCCAGAUCCUCUGUAUCACAUGGCAGCCGGACCUUAUCUCGCCAGUCAAGGAGGCGUGCUUCAACUAGAAAGGUUUUAAAAGAGGCAGGAGUACAGACUCAGCCUGAUCCACUGGCUUACACAUGGCCCGCCGGUAUGGCUACUUUUGGUCCUGCAGCGGGCAUGACCUACAUGAAUCCCACUCCAGUGGUCGCUCAUACUCUCAGUGCAGAAAAUGUGGAAGCUCUCAGCACCUUCAAUCCAGCUGUAUUUGCACUCAAUGAGAUGCUGAAACAGCAACUUGCCAUGACAAGGCGGUUCAUCGAAAGCAGCCGACAUCUUCACUCCAGCCUGGUGCAGAGCCUGGAACCACCAAACUACAGAUACACCACACUGGAGGACACCAAGGAGUUCAUUCGCAAGCACAGACCUCCCAAACUGACAAUGGAUGAAGCCUUACAGGAGGUGCUGCAGGAGAUGGGAUGACUACCAUCAUAUCUGACUACUGGUACUGAAUGUUCUGGAUUACAGAAUCCCCGUGUGUGGAGCUAGAGACAUUUGCCAUGUCCUUCUUAUUAAAAUAAGUUUUAUACAUAAUUAAAUUAUAUUUUUCUACUGUGGGAAGAAUUACAGUAUUUGUUGUUGUUAACCAGUCAUAGAACACGCCAUGAAGAUUUGAGUGCUUUUGUAAAAGUGCAAUUAUGUCAUAUUGUUUUAAAUUUGUGUCAGGGUUAAAAUCAUGCAGAAAUCGAGCCUCUGUGUAUCAGUUCAUUGAGUUAUUUGGAUGAUGAGCCUGUUAGUGAAAUAGUGUAAAAGCAUCUUUGCUGUUACUAGUACAUUCAGAAGAAAUAAUGAUAAACAGUGUUACACCUUCAUGAUUUUGUUUUAAUGCAUUUGUUAAAGUAAAUCCCAAAAGAAGAACUGCAGUGUUUAGAAACUUGGCAACAUUUCUGUUCUGAAAGAAUUAUCUGUAAACAAUUACACUUCUCUACAGACCGUUGCAACUUUUCAGUAUCUUGGAUGUUGGAUAACACAAGAUCUACAGUAUUUCUGGCAUUGUGGAACAAUAGAACACCUCAAAUCAUAUUUUUCUUGUCUAAUGUCAAAUUUAAAUAAACUUCACAGUUUUGAUGGA